AUUGUGGUAUCGAAUUUUGUUGAAAAUUUUAAAAUAGAUUAUGAACCGUAUAGACGUUGGGUGUUGAAGAAUGGGCGAACCCGAGCAGUGGCAAAGUUAUAGCAGAAGAGAAGAGAAGAGAGGAAGAGAGGAAGAGGAAAUUUGCAGAAAAGACGAAGUCCUUUAAUGGUAUUAAAUUGAGUGAGGAUUAAAAUGUGUUGAAAAUAGGAGAGUUUGGUUUGAGAAAGUAGUGAGUGAGAUGAGGAAUGAAAGGAGGUGUGAUUCGAAGCAAAAGUAUGUGUUCCUUAAGGUUGCGGUGUCGUGUCUCUUGGUGGGUGUCGCUAUUCGCAUCCUCUUGGCGGAUUCAUUCAGCAGCUUCACCUUGUUAUCUGUGGUGCACACACACACACCUUCUCCAAUUCCUUCUUUUCCCUCUCCGCCUCCUCAUUCUCUUCCUUCUCCCAAUCCUAAUCCUAAACAUUUAGAUGCAGUGAAGUGUGAUCUGUUUGUGGGAGAUUGGGUGGCCGACCCAUCUGCUCCAAUGUACACCAAUGAUAGCUGCCGUGUGAUGGAUGCUCAUCAAAAUUGCAUCACCAAUGGACGGCCUGAUUCCGGCUACCUUUAUUGGAGAUGGAAUCCAAGGGGUUGUCAAUUACCCAAGUUCAGUCCAAACAAAUUCCUUCACAUUAUGAGGGAUAAAUCAUGGGCCUUUAUUGGUGAUUCCAUCUCUCGCAACCAUGUGGAAUCGCUACUUUGCAUUCUCUCUCAGGUGGAAGUAGGUGUUGAGGUGUACCAUGAUGAGGAAUAUAGAUCAAAGACAUGGAAGUUCCCCUCCUACAACUUCACCCUCUCAGUAAUAUGGAGUCCAUUGCUUAUGAAAGCAGAUAUAUUUGAGGACAUGAAUGGAGUUUCCUCUAAAGAAAUACAACUUUAUCUUGACACUGUGGACGACAAAUGGGCCAACCAAUACAAGAAUUUUGACUACGUUGUAAUUGCAGGUGGAAAGUGGUUUCUCAAGACAGCAAUAUACCAUGAAAACAACAUGGUAACAGGUUGUCACAACUGCCAUGGAAAGAAUCUAACAGAGGUAGAAUUCCAAUACGUGUACCACAAAGUACUGAAGAAAGCUUUUGAAUUCAUGGCAAACUCAGAGCACAAAGCAGUUGUUUUCUUCAGAACCACUACACCAGAGCACUUUGAGUAUGGAGAAUGGUUCAAUGGAGGGCAUUGCAAUAGGACAGUGCCCUUCAAAGAGGGACAAAUAAAUUUGGGUUAUGAGGAUUCCAUCAUGAGAGACAUUGAACUUGAGGAGUUCCGCAAGGCACAGAAUGCAAGUGCCCAUAAAUUUAAACUUUUGGACACUUCUGGGCUCUCACUUCUGAGGCCUGAUGGGCAUCCAGGCCCGUUUCGCCAAUUCCACCCUUUGCCCAAUGCUACGGUCCAGAAUGAUUGCCUGCAUUGGUGUCUCCCAGGCCCAAUUGACUCCUGGAACGACAUACUUUUGCAAAUGCUCACAAUGUGAUCAUUUAUGUAAAUGAUCUUUUAAAACAAUUCUUUAUUAAACAUACUAUUUCUAUGAGGGUAGUUUUUAAUAAAUUUUGACCAAUAAUAAAGAGUGUGUUUGAGAGUAUAAUAUACACAUAUCAUAUGAAUUGAAUAUGAUUACUAAAGAAUACCGAAACGUGAAAUUAGGAUUAAACAGAAUUGAAGAGGGCCAAAUAACAACAUUUACGCUACUUGCAAGACGAACAGAUUCAUUGAUAUUAGGGUACGUAAGCGGAUCACUAUUCAUUGGAGACUCAUAUAUACUGGGCCACGUUCAGGUCCAUGUCCAACAAUCAUCGACAAAAUUCCAAU